CAUUGAAUGGAAUUUUAUUCAUAAGUGUACCGAACUAUACAACUUCGGCCCAGAUAUUAGGAGAUAGAUAUCCAUUCUUUAUAACAAUGUUGAAAGCGGCGUUAUGAAUGCAGGUUUUAUGACAAACUACUAAGUGUCCGGAGGAGUUCGCCAAGGGUGUCCUUUGAGCCCUCUUCUAUUUCUAUUAGCGGUUGAAAUAGUGGCCCUUAACCCUUUAAGCCCUAAGAGUGAUCAGCAUCAAUUUUCUCCUUGUAUUAUCAAUGCUUUGUAAAACAGUGUGGUCAUGAGAAUUAAGGACAUGAUACACAAGAUGAAUAUAACUGAUACCUCAACAAAUUCUCCCCACUACUUCUAUUGAAAACGUAUAGGGGUAACACACGAGAAUUUGAAUUUUGAUGUUAGGGUUAAAGUACGCCAAGAUCAACUUUGUCGGGGAAUUGAGCUACCAAAUGGACAAAAUGCUAAGAUUUCACAGUUUCCGGAUGACACCACACUCAUUCUUGAAGAUACCAGGUCACUGAGAAAUGCGAUGAGCAUAGUGAAUUCAUUUGGAGUAUCGUCCGGCUUGCGAUUAAACCAAAAGAAAACCAAAGCUUUGUGGAUCGGUACUUCGAGCAAAAACAAGACCAAACCUUUAGAAUUUGGGUGUCUAAAAGACCCCAUCAAAUUUCUUGGAAUAUUCCUUUCCCAUGAUGAAGCUGGAAAUGACGACAACAAUUUUUAUAUCAAAAUAAGAAAAUUGGAAGCAAAGCUCAAUAUUUGGCUCUCGCAUGACUUGACGUUGUUCGGAAGAAUUGCGAUAUCUCUCGGUUUAUCCCAGUUAAUCUACACUGCAUCUAUGCUUUCUGUUCCAGAAAAAGUUAUUCUGCAGACGCAAAAAAAACUAUUUGCAUUUCUUUGGAAAAGUUAAACAGAUCAGAUCAAAAGACUUUUUCACAGUUUUCCGCCCAUUAUCCAAAGGUGGAUUGAACUUCCCUUGCUUCAGGACUACCGUCAAAGCGCUUCGCCUUAGUUGGAUAAGCAGACUUUAAAGUAACUCGAAUGAUAAUUGGAGGGCAAUCCCAAACCACCACUUUGAAAAAUAUGGUGGACUGUUGUUUCUACUCAGUUGUAACUAAAGCACUGACGAAUUAGACAAGAAAAUUCCUCUGUUUUACCGAGAACUACUCGAAUAUUUUCAAGAACUGCGUUGUAGCAAUUAUGAAGAUCCAUUGAGACGUGAAUUUAUUUUGUGGAAUAACAGAGUCGUAAAUAUUGAAAACAAGUCGGUCUAUUAGAAGGCUUGGCCGGACAAGAAUGUUAUGUUUAUACAGGACUUGCUGAACGAUCAGGGCAAUUACCUUUCUCCUCAAGAAUUUGGUGUCAAAUACAACAUUACAGUCAACUUUUUGCUUUACUAUCAGCUCAUCUCAGCCAUUCCCACACAUCUUAAAAGCGAGGCAUCUGCUCAUACGGACAUUGGGAAUCUUAAUUCAGUUGGUGUAAGCUUUGAUUUUCAUCUAGCUAAAGAUAUAACGCUAAACUUAAAGAAAACCUCCUGCAAGCAAUUUUAUAAACUGUUUGCUGAGAUAAUUAAUACUGAACCGACUGCCAUCAAAUCGUGGCAGAACCAUUGCCCUGAAGUUACUGAAUGCGCUGCGUGCGAAGUAACUACAAAAUUACUCGGGAUAACAAGUUAAGGCAAUGUUAUUUUAAAAUUUUUGCACAGAAUAGUAGCCACCAACAAAGAAUUGAAAUGCUUUGGGAUAACUGAUUGCAUGAAAUGUGUUAUGUGUAGCGAGAAUGACUCUUUUGAACGUGCAGUCUUAGAAUGUCAGUCUUUUAAGAAAUUAUGUGACGAGUCCCAUCAGUGGUUCAACAACUUGCACAAUACAAACGUUAGCCUUACUUCGCUACAGAUUUUUCUCAAUCUACCAACUGUAACUAUCAGUCUAUCUGAUAAAGAGACAAAGGAUUUGUGUCUUCUGUUACAUGUAAAACAGUGCCACUACGAACGCAAAACAAUGCAAGAGAAAGCUACUACAUCCGAAUUUAUAUCCAAGUUUAUUAUUCAGCUUAAAAUACACUCUUAGCUUGAUGUGACUGCGUUCCCCUCAUCCCAAAUUAAAAUGCUUUUUAGGUGGCUCAAACAAAUCUUCUUUAUUCAGUAAAACUUUCUUCUGUAGUAAUACCUUUGUCUGUGUGCACAAUAUGCAAACGUUUUUUUUUUGGAGGGGUCUCUUCUACUUCUGUAUGUACUGUAAUGAGUGUAUUUAGCUGUCUGUUGUUGCUUAUUUGUACUGUACAUGUCGUGUAAGUUUUUUUCCCUUUAACGUUACUAAUAAAGUUGAAUAAAAAAUAAAAUAAAAAAAUAUGCGAAGACACGUUUUUAUAGCUUUUUUAAAAAACAGCAAGUAACGUGACAUGUUUGUCACAGGGUGUGUGGAUUAAAUACAUACAGGCCCCUAGUAAGCGUCUCGUAUUGUAAGGUCUAAUUCUCCUUGUUUCACAAGCGAACACAAAGCAAUUAGUAACUAUAAUCAUAAAGAUUGACAGAAUUCACUUUUGUUUAUUCUUAAUCAUGAAUAUCAAUAGUAUUUUUUAUUAUUCAUCUAUCUAUCCGUUCAUCUAUCCAUCCGUCCGUCCAUUCCACCCUUUCCAUCCUUCCUCUAUCCAUCAUCCAACACAAUCUGUGGUUAAUGGUUUCACUUCUGUUAACUCUUGAUGAUAAAUUGUGGUUGAAAAUUCCUGUAGUGUUGCGUGGAAAAACAAAAAUGUGUAAAAGAGGGGGAUUAAAGUUCCCUUGUCUCUAUUGUAAGCAUAAUGUGCCCAUCCAAGAAGUGUGCACGAAUUUCUACAGUUAUCGCAAAAUUUAUUAUGUGUAAGUUAGUAUUAAAAAGUCUAUAUUUUUUAUAUUAUAAUAAAUUCUUCAUACUCUAAAACAUGUGUUUGUUUCAAUCCACAGCUUAUGAAAAGUACACCUUCUCGGCCACCAUCAUUGUUUCAACACUAUCCACUGCAUUAUUUGCGUUAACAACAGUGUGUUUCUUGGCAUUUAACAAACAGUCUCGGAAACUGUGGAUCUUCUGGUGGAGUAGAUUGAAGAUCUGUUGCAGCUGUGAUUAGUAAACAGGAAAACUCAAAUCACUAGCAAUGUAGGCUUUGUUCACACUAUAAUAUUAUUAUUAGUAGUAGUAGUAGUAGUGGUAGUGGUAGUGGUAGUGGUAGUGGUAGUGGUAGUGGUAGUGGUAGUGGUAGUGGUAGUGGUAGUGGUAGUGGUAGUGGUAGUGGUAGUGGUAGUGGUAGUGGUAGUGGUAGUAGUAGUAGUAGUAGUAUAAUUUAAAAAUUUAUAGUGUGCAAAUAUGUAUAUGAAUAUAAAUGCGCGAUUGGUGAGAUAAUCAACAGCAAUAUCAUUCAAACAACUGUGGCACAAAAUGACCCAAGGUUGUUCCAUAUAAUCUGUUACACGGUAUUUGUUCUGAAGAUCUAAUUUAUAAAGGACGAGAUGAUCACUGGUACAUGCAGCAGUGGUACUUCAUGAUUUUUCCAGUGGAAGCAUGGUGUAAGGUCAUGUAGGUGGGGCUAUUAGAAAGCUUUUAAAUUAGAUUCUAAGACAAAUACGAAUUCUCAAUACUAAAUAAAGCACACUCGUGAAUCAGCAUCAUUUUGGCAGGAAAACAUGAUAGCCGUUGUCAUUCUACAAUGAGUUUUAGCAAGUAUGUCGUAGUGGCGGAACAGGUUAUCCAGGGUUAGAAGUUUUAUCAUUUUUGCGAUCGGGAGGCUAAUUUCCUUAAAUAGAACUGACGUGCGAACGUUUCUGGUGAAAAAAGUACAAUGAAGCUUUCCGAGGUGUAUAAUUAUUUUUGAGAAUAUGCGAUAAAACUUUAAGUAAUCGUAGUCGUUCUCGUCCUCGAAUCUAAAAAUCUCUAUUUACUUCUGGUCCGAAGCAACCAACUUUCUGUUCACUUAAAUCACACCAUGAAAAGAAAACCAGUUACAUGACCAUGCAAUAACAUCACAUCACUGGUGCUCUGGCACAAUGUUUACGAAGUCAAUGAUCUUUAUUGUUCUAAAGGAGGGGGUGCACAGUCAAACAGGCUAUGGUUUUCAGGGUUGUAAGUAUUAGGCAGGGUAUACAGAAGGGCUGUCAUUAAAGACCAGGGGCUGGGGAUUUCCCCUGGCUACUAUAAACAUGACCCCUGGCUACUUUCAUUGGAUAAUAGAGGAAAAUAGCACCAAAAGAAAUCAAUAGAUGUUUGAUUCCCUGCCUACUUCUUGUUAACUGGCGACUUGAAAUCUUAGUGACAGCCCUGUAUACAGUAAUUUCAGAAUUUAUCAUAUUGAACAGGACAUUUUACUAAACCAGAAGCCGUGAACACCCUGUCAAGGUUGGCUACGCGUGGUCUAUAUGCCAAGUACCAACAUUUUUUUUUUAAACAGUAUAAUUCUUUGAUGUAAAAAACCUAAUUCUGUAUACAAAAUUAAAUGAAUCAGAGUCAUGAAGAAAGCAGGAGAGGAUACAGGAUUUUUCUUAGGACGGGUGCACCACUAAGGAAUCGCGUAAUUGACUGGUCAUGCGACGUGCCAAACUACCAUUUUUACGGCGUUAAACAUAAAUUCUUCAAGCUCGUCUCAUCUCAUGUUUUACUUCAACUCCAAUAAACCUCAUAUUUUCGUUUAUGCAAAAGAUCACCUGUAUUAGAGAGCCGUAGGUCAUUUCCGGGUGGGGGGUACACCUUCCCCUAAAAUCCCCCCUGGAAAGGUCUCUUGUCUCAGUAAGGAUUGCAAAAAAAGAAGCAAUUUUGUCUUUAGACUGUUCACAGUCCCAUAUUUUUCCGUGCGGUCGUCGAGAUAUAGCGCGUCUUACCGUUAAUGGCGGCCGUCUUGAUUUAGUUUUGACACUCAUGCAAGAUGACAGCUCGUAACGCAAAGCGCUCGAUCUCGACGAUGUUGCGGAAAAAUAGGGGACUGUGAGCAGUCUAUCUUGUCUUAACCCUUUAAGCCUUCAGUGUGAUCAGCAUCAAAUUUGCCCUUGUAAUAUCAAUGCUUUGUAAAACAGAGUGGUCGUGAGAAUUAAGGACAUGAUCACACAGGAUGAAUUUGCUUGAUAUUUUGUCAACUUUUCCCUGCUGCCUAUGUAGGAAAUGAAUAGAGGCAACAAAUGAGAAUUCAAAUUGUGAUCUUAGGGUUUAAAGGGUUAAACAAGGGUAUGGAUUGAUAGCUUGCAUCGCAGACGUAAUCUAAUCCUGGUUAGCAGUCUGACCGAUAUCCCUUUUCUUCACCGUAGACCUUGUCCCCCCCAUCCCUCCCACCACCCCUCACCCCCUCCUCCCCCCCCCCCCCCCCCCCCCCCCCCCCCAACAGACUAAAACGAAUUACCGGAAGUGCGUUUUAAAUUCCCUCUCAUCUUGUUGGGCAAAUCGACAAUGGCUUAUUUAACAGGCCAAUCAUUGCCCGUACUAAAAUCCUGGUACACAAGGGCGGGCCCAGAACCAGGAUUUCAGCGCUGUUUCGCAGACGGACUCAACAAGAGUUUAGCUUCAUCUGUGAUGCAGGUUGGCUAUGGUUUCAAGGCCUUGGUAGUACACCCCUACCCAAACUUCCAGCUUGAGUGCCCAACCAGUUUCUUGUGUAAAAGCAAAGCCUUACUUAUAUUCAGUAUGGUUUUCGCUAUGCACUUUAAGGUGAACUUGGCCCUAGACACAUCAUUUGCACAUCGUAAAAAUAAUGAUUUGUGGAACAUAAUCCUGUCAUCAUCCAUAUAAUGCAAUUUUGUCUUUCUCUAUUUCAGAUUUGAACUGUCUGUCCAAAAUUCCAAAAUAAUAGCAUGUAGGAGAUCGUGACAUAAUUCUAACGUUGGAAUUCUGAAAGAAAAAAAAGAAGACAAAGAGAGAAGAAAAUGACAAAUGUAGAAUAUCAUGUGAUUUACCUCCAUUUAUUUAGAAUUUCACAGGUUAUAAUAAUUAUUCCUCUUUUGAGUGUUAUUCAGCAGCACACAAAAGAUAGCUAAUAAUAUUUUAAAGAGCUAAAUGAAUUGGUGAAUGUACAAACAAAUUUACUGUUAGAAUUAGUGUAGUAAAAAACCUGUAGAGUUGUAGUUUAUAUUUUAAUAUCUAACUUAGUAGUAUCUAUCGAGGUAGUAAAGAAGAAUGGGUGGUGAAAUAAAUUGAUAAAAAAAUGUUUUCCACUUUACAAAUCUAGAAGAAACUUUAUUUUCUCCCUCUUAGUUACUUUAAUCCUUUAAUGCAUGGUUCAAUGCUUGAUGACAAAAAGAUUUUUUAUUUUUUGUAUCUCCAACAUAACGUGAAAUGAAAUUUACUUUUUUACCCUCUUGUUGGGGUAAAUGUAGUGUUUGUAUGAACAAAAAAACCUGAUAUAAGUUAUUUUUAUUAAAGAGUUAACCUUAGAACAUAUAAAACUUUGUAGCCUC